AUGAAAGUGUAUGAAGCGAAAGCAAUUAGGAGAUGCUGCAAGUCAUUGCGACAAGAUAUAAAAGCAGGGUAUCGUUUGGAAAGUGGCACCGACCCUAAUGGGACUCAUCGAGGCGUUUUCGUGUCGCGGGGCCCUGGUCUCAUUCAAGACAACGUGUACUCGAGUGGGGCCACAAUCACUGACAGCCCCUCGGCGAUACUCGACUGUGAACCUCUGGCCCUCUCUCCGCUCACGACACUCCAGGUACUUGUCCCAUUGCAUCGAACAAGCCAUUUGCUCAGGAAUGCCAUGCGUUUCUUGAGAGAUAAAACAAAAAUAUUUUUUAUCAGGUUAACGAAUAAGCAAUGUGUUCAUUGUAACGUGUUUUCGAAAUUAGUAUAUUCUAUUUAACUUGUCAGAUA